AUGGGUGCAUCCGAUUCAAAACUCUCCUUCAAGCAAGGCGUCUUUCGCCUGUCUGAGCCCAAGCAAAUCCCCGCCGAUGACGCUUAUUGGACUGGCUUCUGGGAGCUACCCGAGUCGACUGAGGAUGUCUUCUCGCUCUUCUCGCCCGCAGACAUUCGCCGCACCCGCGACAACAACCUAGCUAAUCUCGAGACGCUCAUCCUCGCCGUUACCUCACGCCUCAUAGUCCUGCGCAACCACCCCUCUUUCCCUGACCCUGAGCUAGCGCCCGAGCGCGAUGCCCUCAACUGCAUAAGGGUCCUGACGCGACUACUGCCCUUUCUGUAUGAGGCCGACCAUCUCGAGACAUGGGAAGACCACUUUUUCUGGGCUGCGCGGCGGAAGCGCAGUCGGCGGGGCCAGCUGGUGCGAAGCGAGGUCAUCUUCGACGAGGCCGACCCAGAGCAGACGCCCACAGAGAAGGAGCCCGAGUUCGAGAAAGCCAAGCCGCUGGCCGAGGAGAUUAUCGACACGCUGAUUGACCUUCUCUUCUUCUCCGAAUUCACUCUUCCCAAGGUCACAGCAGGCAGGAACAAGGUCACGUAUGCGAUAUGGCAGAGUGGCGUAGGUUGCAACACGCCUGUCGCCUCCACCAAGGAGUUUGAGAGCAACCGGACCGAGAUCUUGCGCCUGCUGCUUACUUUGGCAAGCAAGUCCAUGUACAUGUCUGCGGGUGUGCUCCCAGUCAAGGGCGUCAAGGCCAUUACAUAUAUCGCGACGUGUCCAGACAAACAGGUUGUCCUGUCCGUUCUCUGCUCCCUCCUGAAUACCACCCUCAAAUACAACCCCGCCACAUGGCGCGUGCCAUAUGAUCACGUCGUCUUCAGGGACCAGAGACAGGUCCUGGUCACAUAUUGCCUACAAUUACUCCUGGUACUGAUCCUGUACCCCAUACCUGAGUCUGGCAACGGUCCUGCACCCAAGAAUUUCUUCCGCCAUUUCCUUGGCCGUCUGCACCGUCCUCAAGACUUCCAAUUCCUGGUCGACGGUAUGACAAGGAUACUGAAUCAGCCACUCCAAGCCAACACCUCCUACCUUCCUGGCAGCCACAAGUCACUCACAUGGGCACCCGAGAUGAUCAUGCUCUUUUGGGAGGCUCUGCAGUGCAACAAGCGUUUCCGUUCCUUCAUCAUUGAUACUGAUAGAGCCCAUGAUUUCGUCGUGCUGGUGCUUUACUACGCCAUCGACCAGCGCAACGACCCAUCAAAGCAGGGUCUUGUGCGCAUGUGCAUCUUCGUACUUCAGACAUUGAGUGUUGAGCCGCAAUUCGGCAAGAGCCUCAAUAAGACAUUUGAGGGACAGGAGUCGCUUCCGGCUAGCAUACGGAUACCCAAUUUUCACGGUACCUACGCUGAUUACGUUAUCACGUCCAUUUAUACCCUACUCACAACUGGCAAAGGCAGAUUAGACGCCAUUUAUCCUGCGUUACUCGCAAUCCUCAACAACAUUGCGGCCUAUGUCCAGAACAUUGGGCGCGCCUCGAGCUCUAAACUGCUCCAACUGUUUGCUUCCAUGUCAUCUCCUAGUUUCCUUUUUGCCAACGAGAACAAUCACACUCUUCUGCAUUCGCUACUAGAGGUUCUUAACGCCAUGAUUGAACAUCAAUACCAACACAAUCCCAACCUGGUGUACGCUAUCGUGCGAUCACGGAAGAGGUUCCAGGCGCUGAGAGAUUUCACCUUGGAAAGCGGACAAGAAGAGAUCGAGCGGCAAAAUCAGCAACGUAAGGAGGGCAGCGAAGAUCUUACUCGCACCAGCUCUAUCGAUAGCCUCCGAAGUCCCACAGUAGCCCGGACACCUACCUUGGGGAACGUACCAGAAGAGGACAGUGCUUUCGCUAUUGGCGAUGAUGAUGACGACUCGGACGCGGAAGAUGCACGACCCUCAGAACCAUCAAGGUCUCCCGUACCGUCGCAGUCGGGCGCUUCCAGAAGUGCGUCGAUAGCAUCAUCUGUGGAAGACUCUGUACCGUCCCAGGUAAGAGGUAUGUCAGAGAAAGCAAGAGGCAAGAUGCCCGUAGGCCAGCCUGCUUUCUCCCGGCAGAACAGCAUGACCAGUCUACAUAGUGCAGCCGGUCCGGCCUUGGCUACCAAUGAGUUCUUCACUCCAUCUGUCCCAUGGCUGGAAGGAUGGCUUUCGGAGCUACCGCUACAUACCAUUCUUAUGCUGAUAUCGGAGCUCGGUCCCAAGAUGCCUAGCUCAGGCAGCUCCAACGACACGGCAGAAGCAUUGAAAACUAUUCGCGAGACUGAGAUACGCGGAAUUGAACCCUCGCCUAUCAGGGUACAUCUCUUUGAAUGGUCAGCCUUAUCUUUGGGCUGGUACGAGUCGCUACUCUGGGGAUUCGUUUUCGCGGCCGAAAUGCUUGUAGCCAAGGGUACUGCUGGGGUUUGGAACAACACUAGCAUAAGAUUGUUCAAGGUUCAAGAAGUUGGGGCCACAGCUCCUUCACUACUACAGCCAAGAGGGGCUGUAGAUGCGGUAGGAAGCAAUCUUGUGCAGCGAAUUGGCUCCCUCAACUUGCGCGGGGUCACAAAUCAAGCUGCGCAACGCUCCCCAGCGAGCAGCGGUAAUGCCGGCGCCAAUACUGUUAGGGACGUGUAG